AUGGAUCGCCAAGUGAUAGGAAGGGGCCACGGGAGACCCACUAGACAACACCCGGAAGCGGGUAGAGAUAGAGAGCCCGAGGUCAAUCCGGACCAAGGGCAAGAGGGAGGGGCCGGAGACGGAGUAGCCACCGCUAUUAACCGUAUCACUGACGUCCUAGAGCGCUUGACUGAACACCAAGCUGCUGGACCAGGGCGCCAUCAGGGAGGCCCAGUAGAUUCCGAUGAUCGGGCAUUGGAAAGGUUCCUGAAGUUUGGACCUCCCAAAUUCUACGGGGGACCCGAGCCGGAAGUGGCCGAAGGCUGGUGGGAGAGGAUCACUGAGAUCUUCGCCGCCUUAAACUAUACGGAGGAGCGAAAGGAGAAGAGAGAGGAUGAUUUCAUUAGAUGCAAGCAAGGGGCGAUGAGUGUCGCCGAAUAUGAAAUCCAGUUCACAAAGCUAUCUCGCUUUGCACCUGAGUUGAUAGCCACCGAGCAAAGGCGUGUUCGGAGGUUUGUGCAGGGUUUGAAUGUGGAACUACAGGAAAGUUUAGCCGCCGUGAGGAUAGAUACUUUCGCAGAUGCUGUCGAAAGAGCUCAGAGAGUUGAAGUAGCUAGAGCUCAAGUGAAAUCUUUUCAGGCUAAGAAAAGAUUUUACCCCAGCAGUAGUCGAGAGCCGACAUAUGGAAAUACUCCACCGGCUAAAGUGGGCCGAGGAACUGGCAGAGUGACUAGUCCCGGAGUACUGCGAGGUGCACUAGCAAGGGGAACCGGGGCAAGGAAUGCAGGGGGAAGAAACAAUGGAAUUAGAGGGGGACCGAUUGGAAGAGGACAACCUAGGAAUACCUCGCAAGGAGGCCGAGCCAUAAUUCCCCAAAUGACUUGUGUAUACUGUAAGAAACCUGGUCAUACUAUGGAUAGCUGCUGGAAGAGGCAAGGAAAGUGCUUGAAAUGCGGAAGUAGCGAGCACCAGAUUUCCGGAUGUCCAUCAAUGCAAGGUGGGACUACCCCAAAUGCUAGACCAAACACUUCUGGAGGGAGCCGGCCGACAGUUCCUGCCAGAGUGUAUGCUAUAGGUGACCAACCUGUACCCGAUGCCUCGGAAGUGGUGGAAGGUACACUCCCGAUUUUUCACCGAUUAGCUAAAGUGUUAAUUGACCCUGGUGCAACCCAUUCAUUCGUUAAUCCAUCCUUUAUGUCUGGAAUAGAUGUGCAACCUGUUAGAUUACCCUUCGAUCUUGAAGUUAGAACACCCAUGGGUAAUAAGAAUGUAAUCACUAGUCUGGCUUAUAAGAAUUGUGAAUUCUGGAUUGGAGAGCGUAAAAUGCUAGUGGAUUUGAUCAGUCUGGAAAUAAAAGGUUACGAUGUUAUAAUAGGAAUGGAUUUUCUAGGCCAUCAUCAUGCUAAACUUGACUGCCGAGCGAAAGUGGUGGAAUUUUGUAUACCUGGUGAAGCAACCCUGAGGUUAGAUGUCAAGGGUAGGUUAGCAUCAUCUGCUAUGAUCUCAGGAAUUCGAGCAAGGAAAAUGUUGUCUAAAGGAGCGCAAGGUUUUCUAGCCUUUUUGAUAAACGCUCCCAGUGAUCAAUUGAAGUUGGAGGAUGUACCAGUAGUACGGGAAUUUCCGGAUGUUUUUCCCGAAGAGCUAAGGACUCUACCGCCGGAAAGAGAAGUGGAAUUUAAGAUUGACUUGAUGCCUGGAACGGCUCCAAUUUCUAAGACCCCAUAUCGAAUGGCUCCUGCCGAGCUAAAAGAAUUGAAAAUUCAAUUACAGGACCUGUUGGAGAAGGGUUUUGUGAAGGAGAGUGAUUCCCCAUAG